AUGGAAGAACCGUCUAUUGAAACAUGCGUAAUGGCUCUUAUUUCUCAAAUUUCUUCAGAAGAGCCAUCCGAAACAUCUUCAGAAGCCGAUAAGGCGGCUUUUAUCUCACUUUACUAUAUAUUCAAAGAUACAUUUUUACUUGCAUUGGAUUUACUUGAUCAACGGCGUAUUGUUCUUUAUACAUGGGAUGAAAAGUCAACUGAUUCAUCUACUUCAUGUUCUUGUCAGAUUUUUUAUAUUCCUUCAGAAACAAACGAGCUUCAUGAAACGUCUUGUAAACUGUAUGAAGUUAGAACAUCAGUUUGGUAUUGCUCAUGUCCGGAAUUUUCAUUUUCUGCAUUUAAUAAAGACUAUCAUUUAGCAUGGAAGAAAGUAAUUAAUCCAAAUAGGUAUUGGGGUGGCUCAAUACAUGGGCAACCUGUACCUAUUUGCAAACAUUUAUUGGCAUGUGCAUUAGUUGAACAAGGGAAACCAUGGGCUCGUGAACGAAUUACGGAGAAAAAAAUUAGUAAAGAAGAACUUGUUUUAUAUGCAACCCAAUAA